CCUCUCCUCUCCUAGUGCGCCCGGACCGGCCUGUUCGGGGCUCCUGCCGCGUCCUCCGCGUGGCUGCGAGAGUUCUGAAGUCAGAGAUAAACAAUGGCAGGCCGAUCCUCGCUUUUUAAAGUCAUUCUCCUUGGAGACGGCGGCGUUGGGAAAAGCUCACUCAUGAACAGAUAUGUCACCAAUAAGUUCGAUAUUCAGCUCUUCCACACCAUAGGUGUGGAGUUUUUAAAUAAAGAUCUGGAGGUGGACGGCCAUUUUGUCACCAUGCAGAUUUGGGACACGGCCGGGCAGGAGCGCUUCAGGAGCCUGAGGACGCCGUUCUACCGAGGUUCAGACUGCUGCCUACUCACUUUUAGCGUUGACGAUUCGCAAAGUUUCCAGAAUUUGAGCAACUGGAAGAAAGAGUUCCUCUAUUACGCUGACGUGAAAGAGCCAGAAAGCUUUCCUUUUGUCGUUCUGGGUAACAAGAUCGACAUCUGCGAGCGGCAAGUGUCUGCCGAAGAAGCGCAAGCCUGGUGCAGGGACAACGGCGACCAUCCUUACUUUGAAACCAGUGCAAAAGAUGCCACCAAUGUCGCCGCUGCCUUUGAGGAGGCUGUGCGAAGAGUCCUGGCCACGGAGGAUGGGUCAGAUCAUUUGAUUCAGACAGACAUGGUCAACCUGCACCGGAAGCCCAAGCCCAGCGCCUCGUGCUGCUGAGCACAGUCCACACUGACCCACACCAUCAGUCCGAAUGUGGGUGGGUGCAUUUUAGGGUUGGCAGCACCUCCUAAUAUCAUUAAACACAUGUAUAUACUGCUGCUUCAGUAGUGGGUGGCCGAAGGGACACAGCCACCCACAGAGGAAUCGAUUUAUUGAAUAACUGCCCCUGGCAUUUAUAAAUUGUUAACGGUUGUCAAUUAAUGUUCCUUUAAUUUAAGUGUAUUACAGAGCUAAUACUGAGAUGACCAAGAAUUUAAUUGUAAUUCAAAACAAAACCAAAACGACAACAAAAUCCCCACCACUUGAAUAUUCUACAAGUUAUCCUAGGAUUAUUUUUUUCCAGGAAAAUGGAGAACUACUUUUUAUACAUGUAUAUUUUUAUGUAAUUAGUGUCCCAUUCUUGGUUGUAAGGUGUUGGGAGGGGGGUGUUUCCUAAAGCAAUAACAUUAGGUAUUAAAAGAUUCAAA